AUGGUUGUCAUUUCAAGGACAGGUAAUAACAAGAACAGGGAAUGUCCUGCUCAGCCUGCGACGUGUGCCGGUGACGUUCCUUCAGUCAGUGUGGGUGCCUGUUCAGGCUAUGAGAAGACAGAUGAUGUUUCAGAGAAAACUUCUCUAGCUGAUCAAGAAGAACUGAGAACUAUAUUCAUCAAUCAGCCCCAGCUAACCAAAUUCUGCAAUAAUCAUGUCAGCACUGCAAAGUACAACAUAAUCACAUUCCUGCCAAGGUUCCUUUAUUCCCAGUUCAGAAGAGCUGCUAAUGCAUUUUUUCUUUUUAUUGCAUUACUUCAGCAAAUACCAGAUGUAUCACCAACGGGCCGUUACACAACAUUGGUCCCUCUCUUAUUUAUUUUAGCUGUAGCUGCAGUGAAGGAGAUAAUAGAGGAUGUUAAAAGGCAUAAAGCUGAUAAUGCGGUGAACAAGAAACAAACUCAAGUACUACGAAAUGGUGCAUGGGAGAUUGUCCACUGGGAAAAAGUAGAUGUUGGAGAUAUAGUUAUAAUAAAAGGCAAAGAGUAUAUACCUGCUGACACUGUACUGCUCUCAUCAAGUGAACCACAGGCUAUGUGCUACAUCGAAACAUCUAACUUAGAUGGUGAGACAAACUUAAAAAUUCGACAGGGUUUGCCACUAACAUCAGAGAUAAAGGACAUAGAAAGCUUGAUGAGACUUUCAGGAAGAAUUGAUUGUGAGAGUCCAAACCGACAUCUCUAUGACUUUGUUGGAAACAUCAGACUGGAUGGGCAUGG